AUGUCGCUUAGUCUUAGUGGUAUUAAAUGGUUUACGAGGAAACCAGUAUUGUUAAGGGUUAUCCCUCGACACUCUAGAAGAUUUCAAUCACAAUUAAGCGAUGAAACAAUCCUUAAUGAAACGUUACAAAGAAAGGAACUACCGGCCUCCCUCAUAAAAAAGGCUCAGUUAUAUGGAAAGGAAUUUUUAGAUCUGGAGCAGAAGCUUUCUAAAGGUGAGAAUUUUAACGUAGAUGAUCAAAAACGAUUUGCCAAAUGUUCAUCGAUCGCAGAAACUUUAAAAGUUUAUCAAAAUUCUCUCUUAGAAUUGAAUGAGUUAAAUGAGAUGAUAAAGAUGGAUCCAUCUCUGAAGGAGGAAGCAGAAAUGGAGAUUAAUACGAAAAUUCCUAAAUUUAAUGAAACUUCAAACAAUCUAUUGAGUAAACUUAUACCUACCAAUCCAUUUGCAGAUAAACCGUGCAUUAUGGAAUUACGACCCGGCGUGGGUGGAAUAGAAGCAAUGAUCUUUGCACAGGAUUUGGCAUCUAUGUAUUUGAAUUAUGCAAGUACUCAUCAUUGGAAACAUCAUAUAAUUUCACAACAAAUGAAUGAAAGUGGUUCCGGCAUUCUUAGUUCAGUAUUGAGUAUAGAUCAACCGGGAUCAUAUGAACGCUUACGAUUAGAGGCUGGGGUACAUAGAGUGCAAAGGAUUCCUGCCACAGAAACAAAGGGAAGGACGCACACGUCUACUGCUGCAGUUGUAGUCCUUCCUCAAUUAGCUGAUGAUUCGGAAAAAUCAACAGAUGCUUAUGAACGAACUUUUAAGCCAGAUGAGAUAAGGGUUGAUGUAAAGAGAGCUAGUGGUAAAGGUGGUCAACAUGUCAAUACAACCGAUUCUGCUGUAAGACUUACACAUUUUCCAUCUGGGAUUGUUAUUUCAAUGCAAGAUGAAAGAUCUCAGCAUAAGAAUAAAGCUAAAGCUUUUACCCUGUUGAGAGCUAAGUUGGCUGAAAAGGAACAGCGUGAAAAGGAAGCUGCUGGAAUUGCAGCAAGAAAGGAACAAGUCACUACAACAGAUAGAUCUGAUAAGAUUAGAACAUAUAAUUACCCGCAAAAUAGAAUUACAGAUCAUAGAUGUGGGUUCGCCAUUCAUGAUAUUCCCGGAGUUAUGGCAGGUGAUAAACUAGAUGAAAUCAUAGAUGCCACGAGAAUUUAUGAAACCGAUGAAAAGGCUAAAACCUUGCUUGUUGACUGA